AUGACCUGGAACCUGCAUGGAGCCAGGCUGCAAGAUAUGCAUAUCGCUGCGUUUGUUUUUCUGGUCCCAUCCGUCAUGCGGUGCAGUCAAGUCGCAAUAGUCAAAGUGACUUCGUUUCCAGCCGCAUCUCCACUGAAGAACCACUUGUCGGAUCGGCGCUUGUCAUGCUCGUCAUGCCAUCCUCGGCUCCGGUGGGCAGGCGGUGCGCUCAACUCAUUGACGAGCGGACAAAGCCGGUCGUGCCUGUUGUCAAAGUGCCUGUCAACCAGCCACUGCCGCCCAGACGAAGGAUCUUGGCGGGUGGCUCUGUCGGACUGGACGGAAAGCAGUGAAUCCGAUCGUCGCUCAAACGUUUUUAUUUCGCCUCAAACCCUCGUGGGAACGUUACACCUCGCUGCGGUUGUGUUCAGUCUUCACAGACUUCAUGGGUCUGGGACCCCAGGGCCGCCGAACAAUCUUUGGUCCCUUUCCGACUUGUGA